AUGGCAGCCUCGCUGUGCUCGCCGCCCAGCGCCCGGCCAUGCGCCGUGGCCCCCUCCCGGCAGCAGGCGCCCCAGGCAGCGGCCCCGUGCCAACUGCAGCGCAAUGCACGCGCCACGGGCGCCAGGCGGCGGAACCAGCAGCUCGUCCUGGCGGUGGCGGCGCCGGUUGCCACCGCCAACGGCAGCAGCAGCAGCAACGGCGCGGGCCCCGCAGCAGGCGCCAUGCCCACUGACGCGGAGACGGCGCGCACCAUCGUCGACCUGGUGGCGCACGGCACGCUGUGCACCAUCAGCGAGGACGGCAUCCCCCUGGGCACCUAUGUGUCCUACGUGCUGGACGACGCGGGGCAGCCCAUCCUGAGGCUGCGCGCCGACGCCGUGCACACCGCCAACCUCAAGCGCGACCCCAAGUGCAGCCUGUUUGUGCAGCCGGGGGAGCACCCCGCGCGCCUGCUGGCCCGCGUCACCCUCAUCGGCAGCGUGGAGCCCGUCAGCGCAGAGCUGGCAGAGGAGGCCGCCGACCUGCACAACAGGCUGCACGCCGGGGGCAUGGGCGUGGACGCCCCGCAGCCCACCGACCUCUACGUCCGCCUCGCCGUCGACCGCUGCUUCUAUGUGGGCCAGCUCAGCGGCAGCUCCUCGGCCGAGGUGCUGCCGGGCGGCGAGUACCGCGGCGCGGAGGCCGACCCGCUGCGCACCCGCGCCGCCGCCCUGGUGCGCAACAUGAACGCCGACAGGCCCGAAGACAUUGUGCGCAUCAGCUGCCACGCGCUGGGAGUGGCGUUUGAGGACAUGGCGUGGGCGGAGAUGGUGUGGGUGGACCGGCUGGGGGUGCACAUGCGCGCCGCGCGGCAGGACGGCAGCGCUGCCCAGGACCUGCGCGUGCCCUUUGUGCGGCCGGUGGAGGAUGAGCGGGAGGCGCGCUCCGCGCUCACCAUGAUGGCGCAGGUGGCCUGGGAGGCGCAGAGGCCGUAUGUGCCCCAGACCGUGCCGCCCCAGGAUGCAUCCAACAACUGA